AUGGAUAGCAAGACUAUUCAGUACAGAACUGCAGCUGUUACAUUACAGACUCUGUCCCGAGGAAAUGAAGCCGGAGUGCAGUACCAGAAAUACAGGAAAGCUGCUAUUGUUAUACAACAGUAUUUUCGAUCUUUCUUGGCCGUGCGACGUCAAAGAAGGAUUUACUUACGAACUCUGAGGAGCAUUAUUGUUAUGCAAGCAACUGUAAGAGGGUUCCUUGAACGUCAAAGACUUUGCCAAAUAAAAAGUGCAGUAAAAAUGCAGAUUUCAGGACAGAAACAGCAGAGUUCUCUACUUCGUUUUACAGCUGGUGCCUAUUAUCAUCUUGCUGCUGUUAGAAUCCAGAGGGCUUACAGAAUUCAUCUUCUCUGGAAGCACGAACAGAUGCAACUUGCUUCUGUUUUGUAUAUUCAGAGAUGGUAUAGUGCGAAAAUACAGAGGAGGGAAUUCCUACAGCACCGUGAGAAAAUUGUUAAAAUACAGAGAAUGGUGAGGAAAAGGAUGAAGUGUAAAAGUGCAGGUUCUGGCAAAAUCCAGAAAGGCGUGAGCCAAAGGACAAUGAAUAACGGAAUUACUAAAUUUCAGGCUUUGUGGAGAGGAUAUUCGUGGAGGAAAAAGACGGAUACUGAUGAAACUAGAGCUCUACGAGAUAGUUUGGUGAUGGCCACUAAAGAAAGCAAGGAAGAAAUGAAGCUGUGUAAUAGAACUGCGCUUGCCAUUGAUCGCCUUCUAAAAUACAAACAUUUUUCAUACAUUCUGGCAGCUUUAAAAGAUCUGGAGGUUGUAACCAGAUUAUCUCCUGUUUGCUGUGAAAGUAUGGCCCAGACUGAAGCAGUCUCCACUAUUUUUACUUUGAUUCGGAGUUGCAAUCGCAGUGUCCCUUGUAUGGAUGUCAUCAAAUACUCUGUUCAAAUCCUGCUUAAUUUAUCAAAGUAUGAAAGGACAACUCAAACUGUUUAUUCAGUGGAAAAUUCAAUAGAUACGUUGUUGGACCUACUUCAGAUGUACCGUGAGAAAGCUGGUGACAAAAUUUCAGGAAAAGGUGGAAGCAUUUUUACCAAGGUUUGCAGCCUGUUGGCUCUUCUUGUGAAGGAUUCAACAAGAGCAUCUGAGAUUCGAAGCAACCCUCAAGUAAUUGCUCGCCUCCGAAGCCUGUUUAGACUUAUUUCUCGUAAACAUGAAAUGGAUGCCCAAAGGACACUUGCCCAGCAGAAGACAAGUGCAUUCAGAAAUGGUUGAAUCCCUGUCCUAGUCACUCCUGUAAGAACAAAAAUAAUUUCUAGGCAGAGACCAGACUGGGUAUUAGGAAAAGAUAAUAUGAAAGAGAUCGUUGAUCCACUGCAAGCAAUUCAAAUGAUAAUGGAUACACUUGGAAUUUCUUUCUACUAAUGGAUCGAUGCUAUGUCUAGUUUUUUUUUGAAAAAAAUCAUUUCAGUAGUGAUCAUGACAGUUUUAAAUGUCUGUUUGUAUAUAUCUAUGUCUGUAUGUAUACUGAAGAUUGUUAUACUUUAAU